AUGGCCUCAGCCAGUACGGCGUCCAAGCCGAUCCAGAAGAUCCUGGACUCGACCCGAGUCGCCACGUUGAAGAAGUUCGUACGACACCCGCCUAUUGACUCGACAAAGCCGAUUCAAGGAAAGAUUCGCGAGACGAGUUCCAAUGCAUUCAAGGAGCAUCUGAAGCGCGAGAGCGUGCGGUUGCAAAAGGCGCUGAAUUCACUCACGCAUGGAAAACACAUCUUCGUCUACCAUAAUGUUCAGACGAAGCAGGUUGUGUACUCUUUGACUCGGUAUCUGGAGGAGAACAAUGUCCUGCGCCAAAUGGUCUACCACGGCAAGAAGACCGUCCCCGCCGAGCUCCGCCGGGAUAUGUGGACUCCCUACUACUCCGUCCACUUCGGCGAUGCUCGCCUCGGCCUCCGCGCCUUCCAGUUGCUGCGCGAAUUCUCGAUGCGACGACAGCUUUCUCCUCCCCCCGAGAUGAUCACAGUCACCGAGGAAUUCCUAGCCUCCAGACGUCCCAAGGACCCCUCCGCCGCGGAGGAAUUCGACAGACUGAAUAAGAAGAGGAUCGGCCACCCAAUGGAGAAGAGGGAGCGUGCGCGAGUCCUCAUGGACCAAAAGGCGACCUCGGUUGCCGAUAUUGCGGCUGUGCUGGAGAUCCAGGAGAAGGAGAUUGCAGAUGGCAUUCUGGACAAGGAGCUGCGCCAGAAGCAAUUCCGCAGUCAGAGAAGGCGUCAGCGCGAGGCUAUUGCACAGGAGGCCGAGCGGGCUGAGCAGAACAACGCCCGUAUUGAGGCGCUGGAGCAGCAGCUGAGCGAGCGUGAGGGUGUGGAGGUCAAGAUCGGCGAGAUUGGUGACUACCCGGAGACGCCGGGUGAUGUCAAGAUUCUCUGGCGCGAUGUGCACGAUGCCAACUAUGCUGCCUCAUGGCCUGAGAAGGUCCAGCACGGCGAGUUGGAAAUCAAGCGUGACAACGUCAUUGGCGGCGAGCGCGUUCAAGAGGUCUCCCCGGAGGCUUAA